AAAGGGGCUUCUAUUGUGAAAGAAUAGGUACAACAAGGACAGCUAGCUAGCUAGCUCGACUGCCAAUUCCAGCUGGCAACCAUUCUUGUCCCACCCUUGUCACUAUGGCUACUCGUAAGAUCGAGGAGAACUUCGAGGUUCUUCGAGAAGAACUGAGAACAGACCACAACUUGAACAGAGUAAAGCAUUAUGCUGAAGUUGCCCCCAAAAAGCUUCCUUCUGCUGCGAAGCAAUAUUUCCUUGACAAGCUCCCAAUCGUCCAGUGGCUCCCACGAUAUUCUCCAUCAUGGCUCGCCUCAGAUUUCAUGGCUGGCUUGACGAUUGGAGUGAUGCUCAUUCCUCAGGGCCUGUCUUACGCCAAGAUUGCGACGAUACCUAUUGAACACGGACUUUACAGUAGUUGGGUACCAGCUGCUGUCGCCGUGUUCCUAGGAACCUCAAAGGACUUAUCCACCGGACCGACUUCGCUCAUGGGCCUUCUGACCGCGGAAAUCGUGGCGGAUUUGAAGGCUGAAUAUUCACCCGCUGAUAUCGCUGCCGCAGUUGCCUUUAUGGUCGGUGUUUAUGGACUCGUUAUCGGUUUACUCGGCCUCGGAUUUCUCCUAGAUUACAUCUCAAUUCCCAUCUUGAUUGGAUUCAUCUCAGCCACAGCCCUCACAAUCGGUUUCGGACAAGUCGGGGGGCUUGUAGGACUUGACAAUACCCCCUCUACCGUCUUCGCUAUAAUCGGAGAUGUACUAAGACGGCUCCCAAAAUGGGACGGACCAACUUCCGGCGUCGGUUUCGGUACCGUAGUAAUCCUGUACCUUCUCGAAAAGGUAGGGAAGAAAUGGGGCAAGAAGCACUUCGUGAUCCAAUACAUCUCGAGCAGCCGAGCCAUCAUCGUUCUAAUCAUUUUCACUCUUAUAUCCUAUCUUGUCAACAAGGAUAGGGAUGAGCUCCUCUGGGCGAUCAGCAAGGUCAACACGAACGGCAUUGCUCAGCCAAAGACUCACGAUAACGCUCUAAUUUCAAAGGUAGCUGCUAGGGCUAUAGCGCCGUUCAUUGCAGCUUCAUUGGAGCACCAAGCUGUGGCCAAAGCCUUUGGUAGGAAGAACCAUUACACCGUCGACCAGACACAAGAGUUCAACUACCUCGGCGUCACAAACCUGGUCAACAGCUUCUUUGGCUCCAUGCCCGUUGGAGGAGCGAUGUCUCGGACUGCGGUCAAUUCUGAAUGCGGCGUCCGUAGCCCCCUUAAUGGAGUGGUCACCGCCGCUUGGAUUCUGUUGACAAUCUACUUCUUUUCCCCAGCGCUCUAUUGGCUUCCCAAGGCUACACUCUCAGCCAUCAUCAUCAUGGCUGUCAUUCAUCUAUUUGGUCCAUUCUCUGCCAUCUACAAGAUCUACAGAGUCUCACUCGCCGAUUAUAUUGCCUUCAACGUAGCAUUUUUUGUUACCAUCUUCGUAGGUUCAGAGUACGGCAUCGGAUCAGCAGCUGGUUGGGCUGUCGUCUGGACCUUGCUCCGCUCAGCAUUCGUGAAAUCUCGCAUCUCAGUCCAAAGCGGCCCGGGGGGGCGCAUUAACGAACCUCAUUCCCUUCCACGUGUAAGUGGUGCGGGUUCUGAGGAUGUGGCUGUGAACAUCCCGGAGGAUACCGUCGUCGUCUCUUUCCAAGACUCUUUAUUCUACCCUAACGCCCAGCGCAAUAAGACUCAAAUUCUCGAGUCUAUUCAGCUAGUCUACCCGUCAGUGCAGAACCCCCAUUAUAGUGCUGACUCUGCGCGCUCGUGGAGCGUGGCUGGGGAGCGAAGGCUUGCGCGACUUCGAAAAGAGCGCAAUGUUGUAUUGAAGGAUAUGCCGUUGUCAAUCGUCGUCUUAGACUUCACGAUGGUACCUUUCAUUGACAUGACAGGUGUGACGGCUCUUGCGGAGCUAAAGGACGAUAUCCACAGGCAACUUGGCAAUUUUGUUGAGAUUCGCAUGGUAAACAUGGGUGCAGGCAUCAUUAAGCGAUUCGAACGUGCCAAAUGGCCACUAGCAGAUGUGGACGGUCCCCAGACCGAAGGCGCUGAUAUCAUCUUUCCAUCGCUUGGCAGAGCGAUUUGGGACGAUCGGGAGAAUCUGAAGGGAUCGCUUAAUGGCGUUGUUAGUGAGAAGCUCUGCUGAGAUGAUGGCGUUACGUGUUCGGUAUCGAGAAAGAAUGGGCUGAUUGAAUAGGAUAAGUAA